AUGGAGGACGAGCAGCCCGACAGCUUGGAGGGCUGGGUGCCGGUCCGCGAGGACCUCUUUGCCGAGCCCGAGCGGCACCGGCUGCGCUUCCUUGUGGCCUGGAACGACGCAGAGGGCAAGUUCGCGGUUCUUCAAGAACACGGAAAAGCCAACACCAUGGUAGCAUUAAUGAAAGCUUAUGAUGAGGAAGAUGAAACAUACCAGGAAUUCGUUACUGCAGCAACCAUGUUCUUCCAGUAUUUACUGCAGCCAUUUAGGGAUAUGCGAGAAGUCGCAACUUUAUGUAAGCUUGAUAUUUUGAAGUCCUUGGAUGAGGAUGACCUGGGUCCUAAAAGGAUAGUUGCCCUGCAGAAAGAAGCCAAAGAAUGGACCAGACAGGCUGAAGAAGCUGUUGCCUCUAUUCAAGAUAUCACAGUGAAUUAUUUUGAGGAAACAGUGAAAGCAUUAGCAGGAAUGCAGAAACAAAUGGAACAGGAUGGAGAGAGAUUUGGCCAGGCUGCCUGGGCUACUGCAAUUCCCAGAUUAGAAAAACUCAAGCUAAUGCUAGCUCGGGAGACUCUGCAACUCAUGAGAGCCAAAGAGUUGUGUUUAAAUAACAAAAGAAGCGAAAUUCAGGGAAAGAUGGAAGAUCUUCCAGAACAAGAAAAAAAUAUAGAUGUUGUAGAUGAAUUAGAAAUACAGUAUUAUGAAAUUCAAUUAGAACUGUAUGAGGUUAAAUUGGAGAUAGUAAAAAAUGAAGAAAUACUUCUUAUUACACAGUUGGACUCUAUUAAAAGACUUAUAAAAGAGAAACGUGAUGAAGUUGUCUAUUAUGAUCCAUGUGAAAGUCCAGAGGAACUUAAAGUCAUUGAUCAUGUGGUGGGGCUGCAGGACACUAAGAAUUUGGAGGUGAAAGAACUCAGCCAGCAGUGCCAGCGGCUGGAGUCUAAACGAGGCAGGAUCUGUGCCAGAAGAGCCUAUCUCAGGAACAGAAAGGAUCAAUGCAAAGAAAAUCAUCGGCUCAGAUUACAACAGGCUAAAGAAAGUAUAAGAUAUUUUCAUCAGCAUCAUAGUAUUCAGAUGAAAAGAGAUAAGAUAAAAGAAGAGGAGCAAAAGAAGAAAGAAUGGAUAAACCAAGAGCGCCAGAAAACGCUCCAACGAUUGAGAGCAUUUAAAGAGAAAUGUCCAGCUCGGUCUGCACUCAAAAACUCUUGCUUGAGACCUGUGGCUCCAAACCUGCCAGGGGGCUGUCCCCAGCAGAUGUCCUCACCAGCCUCUAAGCCACUGUCAGCAAUUCACCUGCCCUCCAGGAAAACCAGAGGUGCUCCCUUAUGUGAAGUUAGUAAUGUGAAAACCCCGGAGUGUCAAGACUGUCUUGGAAAUAUCCCUGUCCAGAUUUUUGUUCCAGUUGGUGACCAAACGCAUUUCAAAUCCAGUGAGGAAUUGUCACUGCUACCACCACCAUCACUACCUCCUCCUCCUCCUCCACCCCCACCGCCCCCUCUCCCUGCUCUGUCCUUGUCUUCUCAAGCUGCAGCUCAUUGGAACUUAAGCUUCAGGACUUCAGGAAAAGAUGAUCAGCCACUUCCUCUAGUGUGUGAAUCACCUGCUGAAAAACCACAUGAUCCCCUGGAAAGUUUUCAAUGCCCAGUUUCAGGCUCUAUGGAUGCGGUGCUGGCCUCCUUAAGGCAGAACAAAACCCCUCUCCGGAAGGUGGACGUGCCUGCAGUGCCCGCUCCCCACGUCUCAGUCAGUGAGCACAUUCUGGCCGCCAUAAGGCAAGGGGUCAAGCUGAAGAAAGUUCACCCAGACUUUGGCCCGAGCCCCAGCAGCAAGCCAGCCAGUGACCUUGAGAGGAGCAUCAAGGCAGCGCUCCAGAGAAUCAAGAGAGUGUCUGCUGACUCAGAGGACAGUGAUGAGCACAGCCCUGGCGAGUGGGACCACUAAGCUCUUCUCCGGGUUUGACUAAGGCACCGCCGCAGCGCGCGUGAAUGAAGCAAGGUGGGCCAAGGCCUUUUCCUGAAAAGCUCGUGAGCACGGGGUGCUGCUGCUUUCAGUUGACGUUGUGGCUCUUAAAACUGGGGAAGGAAGCAGAGAAGUGGCGACUCACACACUGACCCACAGCUGAGAGAGAAAACGCACGGCAAGUGUCGCCGGCAUCAGGGAAGAGCAUGUAUGUUUCACAAGUGGUAACCUAGACUCAUUCCCUGAUGCUGGAGGACGUUUACUUUGGCAUACUCCACUACUCACAUGUCCUCCUGUGUGUAGGGAUUAGUGGUUUCUCACAUUUAAAGAUUUCAAUGUGAACGUCAUUUUAGCAAUAAUCAGAAUAAAUUGCUGAUAUUUAGAAAUUAUUUUAGAUAUUUAAAUGAAGUUUAUGUAUCAAGCACUACAUAAACUCAUAAUAAAUAAUUAUUUAUAAUG